GUUUUUAAGCGGGCGGAGGCUGAACGUGUGUCCUUCCAUUGCCAUUAUCGCUGUCACAAAAAAGUAAUAAAAUAAUUCGCGCCGCUUUCAUUUAAAUUUAGAAUUGUGAUUUCAAUUUUGUCAUGUAGCGUGUUUUGUUUGUUUUAGAAAAAUAUUUACUUAUUUUGAAAUAAAUUAUGCGCGCCAUUUAAAAAGUUUGUGUUUUUAGAAAAAUACGUAAUUAAAUAGUGGUGCCGAACAUUUUGGAAUGAAAACAUGUCUACGUUGCUGAAGAACGUUACCAAUUGCAUUUGGCAUGCUUUCGACUCUUUGCAAAAUAAAGAUUUGGUGCACAAGUCCAAGUUAAAGGUGCUGACAGCUAAUAUAGGAACUCUUCUAGACCUGUAUGGAGUAGAGAAGGGGCUGGACCACUUCAAGUCCUCACAGGAGCUGACCUUCGAUGAAUUCCGCUACUAUCUGCAGCAUGAGGUGUUUAGCUCGCUGCCGAAGACUACCACGCUGCCAAUUGUUAGGGAAUAUGAGAAGAAGAUUAGUGAGGUGUGCUGGCUAGUUUGCCGCAAGAGUCUACUUGGUCGAGAUAAGAGCGUGUUCAGUGAUGACUCCGUGUUCAAACUCUUCAGGAUCUUCUGCUUGCUGGGAGACCUCGUGCAGGAUGCUGAUGACGCCAAUCAUUAUGUCGUGGUGCUCCAACCUUCAGAAGCUGGUCUAGUGGCCGAGCAACUAGUCCACUGCCUCGGGGUCCGCUGGGAUACUGCUGACUGGGAAGCCCUGGGCUCCUCCAUAGGCCACUUCAAGUGGGCCGCAUUCCUCGCCGUGUUAGAAGCUAAAUAUUGCGGAGACCAGCAACUACAUUCAGAGGCUCUAGUCGAAGCCGUCGAUGAAAUCUACGAUGUCUUUAUUGAAGAUAUUAUUAAAAAGGGUUAUCUCUUCAAGCGAGGCUACCUCCUACCAACCAUGCGGGAGUACUGGUGUGUGCUACAGCCAUGUGCCCUCACCUACUACAAGAGCUCGUCGCAGAAGGAACAAUGCGGUCGUGUCGUCAUUGACGAGUACUGCUCCGUGGAGGCAGCUGCGGGGGAAGGCAAGAUUCAGCGGUUCCAGCUCAUCACGCCUGAUAGAACUUUCGAGUUCGGCACUCAGGAUCACAAGAGUCGUCUACAAUGGAUAUCAGCAUUACGUCAGGCAGCAGCCGUAUCAGGCGGUGUAGAAGGCUACCAGCGUCGCGCUCGAGCCAUCAGACGCGGCGCCGGAGCACGACGCGAGAGGGAAGUUCGCGAGACCAGGGCACGACUGCAGCAUGAGGUCAAAGCGAGGCUCGCUGCAGAAGCACAAGCACAGGAAUUGGUGGAAUUAGCGCAACAAGAUAACAAAAAACUAGAAGAAUUGAAACACGCACAAGUUGAACUAGAGAAACUAUUACAAGAGGAAACACAAGCUAAGAGGGAUGAAGAAAUUGUUAGAGCAUUACAAGCUAGGGUGUUAGCCGAAGAAUGGGAGAGGCGAGAAGAAUUGGAAAGACUUCAGGAAGAGCAGAACAAAAUGCUUGAGGAGGAGAGAUUAAAACGACAACAAUUUGAAAUGUUGCAGGCUCAAAAAGAAACACAGUAUAAAGAAGCAGAAAAACGUCUAAAAGAACUAGAAGAAGAGAAACAACGGCUGGACGCUGAACUCAAAGCAGCUCAAGAUAAAAUCUCCAAGACUGAACUCACAGCUAAUGCGUUGCAAGUACAACUAAGAGAUCUGAACCCAGUACUCCGCAACGGCGAACGAGCACGACGGGCGCUAUCCUUCAUCCCAACCACCAAGAGUUCUUCCGACACCCUCAUCGACGUACGAGCCAUACGGCAUCUGAAGAUCCUCGAUGAUGAAGAGAAAUUAUGAUCUGAUAAGGGGUCUACCAAAUAAAAUUGUGCAGCAUGACCUUCAAUAUUUAUCAUAUCCUCAUAGAACAUAAUAUCUAAACUGCUUGGGAAUCUGAAAAUCAAUAUUUGUACCGAUUUUUGUAUGUUAUAAUUAAAAUGUUAGCUUAGUAGAGUAAUUGAGAAGGUUUUAUCAAAUAGACAUGUUGUGAUUCUUACGCUGUUCUAAAUUCUAAAUUCUGUACUCGAUAUGUGCUCUUAGAACUUAUAGAGUUAUGAAUGUAUUAGUAGCAUAAAUAGAUACACGUACUUCCGAAUGUAAAAAAAACAAUACCUAGUUUAAAAUUCUAUUAGGAUUUUACGCUUACUUUUAGUAGGUAUGUAUGUCCUCUUCCAUGUAUUUUUAGGCUAUCCGUAGAUAUUUUAUACCUUAAAAGUUAUACUUUUUUCAUGGGACUUCAAGUUGUCCCAUCUAGAACUUUCUUCUAUACAACAGAUAGAGACAAGUCUCUGAUUUUUCUGUGUAACAAGUUCCCUGUAUGGUUACAUUGACUACGACUGCAAUUUCGAACAUGGCAAUUAGGCUCUAAUUACAGCAGAAUGUUUUAUUUAAGUAAAUAAAAUUCAUGUCUUGCUUAUCAA